AUGGCAAGUGGUGAGCUGAGCCCGCUGCACUGGGCGCUGGCCGCGCUGUCCGCGCUGUCGGGGCCCGCCAGCGCUGACGCCGCCGUACGUCCGCCCGACAGGCUGCCGCACCUGCUGCUGUUCCUGACGCGGACGUACUGGUACAGCCAGCUACUGGGGCCCAGCCUGCUGAAGCCGUUGCCCGACAACGUGGUGGUCGUCGGUCUUGUGGUGCACGUCCUGCUGUGGAUGCUGGCCGCCGUCAACCUCCGCCACUACUGGCGUCUCGUCUGCUACUGCUGGCGCUACCUGUCUGGUGAGGUUGCGGAGCUGGGAGAGCCGUUUGGGCAGCAGGAUCCGGCUCCACCAGGCGCGUCCGAGUCGACCGAGGACGACGGGGACAGGCCCCCUGCACAUUUCAGUGAACACCAGAACAAUAUGAAACUUUUGUACCAUACUAUCAUGACAAUGACCCGCCUCAAGAGAAAGAUAAGGAGGCGUAGAGCGGCGAGGGCGGCGGUCGCCGCCGCCGCCGCGGAUGGGCCUGGCUCGCCGAGCCGCCCCGACUCCGAUCCGGGCUCGUCCGGGCCGGCUCUCGGUGGAGGCGAGCGCUGCCAUGCGAAGGACGCGCUUGGUGUGGACUUCAGCUUCACGUGGGUCCCGAACGGUCGCUUCUAG